CAGGUCGGUUUAAAAACUAACGUACGUUAAAACCCAAACAUGGACCAGAAAAACCCCGUCACAGAAAUCUCCUAGCCCAACAUUCGGAAAAUGGCGGAGGAACCAGGCACGACACCCGGCUCCGACGGCACGACAGUAGAGGAAUGCAAAGAUAUGAUUCGCCGGAGUUUCAGGACUCCAAUGGUGAAAUUUUUGAGGGAGCAUAUGGAGAAAGCAGGGUGUGGAGUUGGUGAAAAUUUCUUGAAAGCUGUUAAUUGUGAUAAGAAGAUUGCUGGUGGUUAUGUUCGUGGCGAAGGGAUAAUGGUGUGUAGUAAUCACAUGAACACUCAAGAUGAUGUAAACCAAGUUGUUAUACAUGAGCUGAUUCAUGCUUAUGAUGACUGUCGGGCUGCGAACUUGGAUUGGGCUGACUGUGCUCAUCAUGCCUGUAGUGAGAUUCGUGCUGGCCAUUUAAGUGGUGAUUGCCAUUACAAACGAGAAUUGCUGCGGGGUUAUAUGAAAUUAAGAGGCCAUGAGCAGGACUGUGUGAAAAGAAGAGUUAUGAAAUCAAUGAUCGCCAACCCAUACUGCUCAAAAGCAGCUGCAAAGGAUGCCAUGGAAGCUGUAUGGGAUGUCUGUUACAAUGAUACACAGCCCUUUGACAGAGCUCCUUGAAACAUGUACUUCAAAUAUUCUAUUUAAAAUGAUGUUGGUGAUACAUUGGCUUGCAAAGCAUUAGGAACCUGACUUUUUUGUUCAACAAGAAUACUCAAUUCUUUCAAAGGCUAUCACUUUUCCUGUUGGAUUGUUCCAUUUCUGAAAGUUGUAACAUAGCCAAUUAAUAUUUUUUGCUGAGUUCAGAUUAAAAAUAAA